AUGGAGCAAAAAGCAGCCAAGGAUGAAGGCACGUCCAGGGGACAAGAGUCCUACCAGCGGCGCAUGUGGAAGACUUUCCAGGAGAAAACCAAGCCGUGGCUCAGUCCCAAACUGGGCUCCGAGCGUCGCGCUAGCGGCGGAGCGGAAGGGACCAAGAAAGAAUCCGGCUUGUGGAUGUUCAAGAGGAAAAAGAAACACUUGGACCGAGUUUUUUCGUCCUCGCAGCCCAAUCUGCGCUGCUCAUCUCCGUCCGGGGACAAGUGCGGUGGCGGCAGCGGCGACGCGGCGGCCGGGACCAGCCGAGGAGGAGCCGAGGGGCUGCUGCACCAUCUCGGCGCGGCAUCCGGGAGCAAGCCCGAGCUGGCAGCCCACGGAAGCCCGAAGAUCCACGUCUCGGAGCUCAUCGCGUCCCAGCAGAAGAGCUCCUCGCUCGGAUCGGCGUGUUUCGAGAAGCUAGUGGUGGAUCCGGCCGUCGUUCUGGAGGAAGCCGGGAAGCUGCGGAACAAGCCGAGUGAUCCUGGCAUCACAACAGUGGAGCCUUGUAAUGCAGAGCCUCCACCUCCGAGUCCAGCCAUGUAUCAGCUGGAUAUUGUCUUGAAGAAAGGCAACAACUUGGCCAUCAGAGAUCGUACAGGAACCAGCGAUCCAUAUGUCAAGUUCAAGAUUGCAGGGAAGGAGGUGUUCAGGAGUAAAACCAUUCAUAAGAACCUCAAUCCAGUGUGGGAUGAAAGAACAAGUCUCCUGGUAGAAAGCCUGAGGGAACCGCUGUACGUCAAGGUUUUUGACUAUGACUUUGGACUUCAGGAUGACUUUAUGGGCUCAGCGUAUUUGUACUUGGAGUCUUUGGAACAUCAAAGGACCCUAGAAGUUACCUUGGACCUAAAGGACCCGCAUUAUCCAGAGCAUAAUCUGGGCAGCCUUGAACUUUCCGUCACGUUAUCACCACGAGAGGGAGACAUAAGAGAUGCAACCAUGCUUUUGAGAAGGAACUGGAAACGAUCUAGUAAGUGCCAGAGUAUGCGCCUGUCAGACGUACACCGAAAAGCUCAGCUGUGGCGGGGCAUCGUCAGCAUCAGUCUGAUCGAAGGUCGCGGCCUCCAGCCUAUGGACUCAAACGGCCGAAGUGACCCUUACGUCAAAUUUAGGAUGGGCCACCAAAAGUACAAGAGCAAGGCAAUUUCCAAAACACUAAAUCCUCAAUGGAGAGAACAGUUUGACUUUCAUAUGUAUGAGGAGCAAGGAGGCUAUGUGGACAUUACGGUCUGGGACAAAGAUGCUGGCAAGAAAGACGACUUCAUGGGAAGGUGUACAAUCGACCUGUCUCUACUGAGUAAAGAACACACGCACAAGCUGGAGUUGCCGCUAGAGGAAGGCGAAGGCGUGCUGGUGAUGCUGGUGACGCUCACAGCUUCUGCUGCCGUCUCCAUCUCGGACCUGUCGGUCAACGUGCUGGACGACCCUCACGAGAGACACCAGAUCAAGCAGAGAUAUAGCAUGUGGAGGUCAUUGCAUAACCUGAAAGAUGUUGGUGUGGUACAGGUAAAAGUCAUCCGGGCUGAAGGUCUGAUGGCGGCAGAUGUCACUGGUAAGAGUGACCCUUUCUGUAUAGUGGAGCUGAGUAACGACCGGCUGCAGACUCACACUGUUUACAAAAACCUCAACCCAGAGUGGAACAAGGUCUUUACUUUUAACGUGAAAGACAUUCACUCAGUGCUCGAGGUCACCGUUUACGACGAAGACCGAGACAGAAGCGCGGACUUCCUGGGAAAAGUGGCCAUUCCUUUACUAAAUAUCCAAAAUGGAGAACGCAAAGCCUACGUCUUGAAAAGCAAGGAGCUGACAGGGCCAACAAAAGGGGUCAUCUUUCUCGAAAUAGACGUCAUUUAUAAUGCUGUGAAAGCUGGUCUUCGGACGCUGAUUCCAAUUGAGCAGAAGUACAUAGAGGAAGAGCCCAAGGUGUCCAAACAGCUGCUGUUGCGCAACUUCAACAGAGUGAGGCGCUGCAUCAUGUUCCUCAUCAACACAGGCUGUUACAUCAACAGCUGCUUUGAAUGGGAAUCCCCACAGAGGAGCAUUUGUGCAUUUGUGCUCUUUGUCAUCCUGGUCUGGAACUUUGAACUCUAUAUGAUUCCGCUGGCUUUGUUGCUGCCCUUGGCCUGGAACUACAUCCUCAUCUCGUCGGGCAAGGAUACAAGACAAGAUGUGCAAGCAAUGGAGGAUCUGAUGGAGGACGAAGAUGAGGAUUUUGACAAAGAUGACAGGGACCCUAAACCAGAGGCCGUGGACGACAGCUGUGAUAAAAACCAUAUCCUCGAGGAUAUGUUGGCUUCGUGGCACUUUGAGUGGAUGCUAACAAUGGUGGACUCUGAGAGAAAGGGCUUCAUGAACAAGCUUUAUGCCAUUCAGGACGUGUGUAUCAGUGUGCAGAAUGCGCUGGAUGAAGUGGCCUCCUAUGGCGAGAGGAUAAAGAACACUUUUAACUGGACUGUGCCUUUCCUAAGCUGGCUGGCCAUUGUCGCUCUUGGAAUGGCGACCCUCAUUGUUUACUUCAUCCCGCUAAGAUACAUUGUGCUAGCAUGGGGAGUGAAUAAAUUCACCAAGAAGCUACGGGAUCCUUACACCAUCGAUAACAACGAGAUCUUAGACUUUUUGUCCAGAGUGCCCUCUGACGUCCAAGUGGUGCAGUACCGAGAGCUGAAACUAGAUCCCAAUCCCAGUCCAAAUAAAAGGAAGAAAAACAACCCGGGGUAG